GUGACCAGAUUGGCAGUAUCAUACAGGAAGGCUCAGGGGUCGGAUGGUGAAGAUGUUGCAGAGAAGCGACCUGCUUGUCACUUUGUUGGUAUUUUAUGUUUGUCUCAAUGGCGGCGGUUGCCAUCAGGUACAAGGAUGGAACCAACUGGCAGGAACACGGUGGCUAUCGCGUCAGGCAGAACGGUGGUGGGACCUGUACGUGCCGAGUCGUGUUAACAAGAGCAGCCCGUGUUUCGAGGCGAUGAUUACCAUGCUCGACUCUGUUACGUUAAACCAGACUUGGGCCCUCAAAAUGGUGGAUUCCUGGGGCAAGGCUGGAGAUGGUGGCUACUAUGGUCCCAAGACUUUUCUGGGAGUGUUUGACGAGUGUGUAAACACCAAGUCCCCGAAUGAUAUUAUUCAUCCUCAAUAUUGCACCGUUACCCUACAACAAAUACUGCUGAAGAAUUCGUUACAAGAGGAGAGUCCCCACAUCUGGCUACCCAUAAAGCAGCAAAACUUAGGUGUAGCGCCAUUUUUCAUCAACACCAAUAACUACAAUGGAAGUUACAUAAUCUAUGGCACCUGCCUACCUGAUGCAUGUACUGCAGAAGAACUCCAGGACAGUCUUGACAAGGUAUACAGCCCCAAAAACUACGAUGUCGUCAGCGUCUUUUGUCAGCCAAAUGCUGAGUGGUCAGCCGUCACAGCGGGAGACAUUGCUUUUAUCAUCUUGGUCUCGGUCUUGUUCUUUCUCAUCCUGCUCGCGGGUGCCAUCGACAUGUACAUUGAGAAAACCAACAAUAUAACACUGGCAAAAGGUGGAGUAAGAUAUCUGCUGCCAUUCUCGGUGUACACCAACGCCAGCAAACUCUUCCAUGUGAACACUAAACCAGCUCCCGGCACAAUAAGUUCUCUUCAUGGCAUCAAGGUGCUUUCCAUGACCUGGGUGAUCUAUGGUCACCAGCAACUAGCAAAUAUACCCUAUUCCGCUAAUCUUAUGGGACUGUGGCCGAAAUUGAACGGCUUCCUCUCCCAAGUGCUGUUCAACGCCUACCCCAGUGUAGACACCUUCUUCUUCAUUGGUGGUCUCUUACUGUGUUCCAGCCUCUUGAGGCAGCUCAAAAACACUAAAAGAUUCAACAUUGUUUUGUUCUACGUACAUAGAUUAAUCAGAUUAAUCCCAUCAAUAGGGCUCAUUUGUGGAUUGUAUGCUACUGUGGUUCAUUUAUUUGUAUCUGGACCACUAGCUUACAAUUAUCAGUACUGGCGGAAAGGCUGUCAACAAUUCUGGUGGCGGGAUAUUUUAUUCGUGAAUAAUUUUGUUAACGACGGUACAAACGAAGCAGCCGGAGACUGUCUGGGACAAAGUUGGUAUUUGGCAGUAGACACACAACUCUACCUGGUGGCUCCUCUCAUCAUCCUCCCCCUAUUUUACUUCAGAGGUGCAGGUAAGGUGUGGCUGUACCUGCUGUCUCUAUCAUCUAUCCUCAUUCCUGCUAUGAUUAUAUAUGCCAACGAUUUUCCACCUACUAACUUAGUGAUGGCUCCCAAGGGUGAAGAGUUCAUGAAUCAAGUGUACCUCGUGCCCUGGUGUCGUGCGGGGCCCUGGCUGGUCGGCAUCUGGCUGGGUUACAUCAUGUACACUCAAGGAAACAAGAAGGUCGUCUUGAAACAGUGGCAGGUGGCGGUGGGGUGGACGGUGGCUUCUCUUACGGGCUUUCUAGUUGUGUUUGGAAUGUGGAGUUACAACCAAGUACCUCCACCACGCUACUAUGACGUCAUGACCCAGGUUGUGUACGGUGGGUUUCAGAGGUUCGCCUGGGGCUCUGCGGUGGCCUGGGUAGUCUACGCUUGCCAUAAUGGUGCUGGAGGUCUGGUGAACGACUUUCUCUCUCACCCCGUGUGGCAGCCUCUGAGUCGUCUAACCUAUACUAUAUACCUUGUGAUUUUUCCAAUGCAGUUUAUGCUUACCUACAAUACGAGGGUUCUCUUUUAUUACACCCAUUUAAACAAGAUCGUAGAGGUCGUGGGGGCGCUGGUCAUCGCAGGCAUCAUAUCAGUGUUGGUCUCCCUCACCGUCGAGUCUCCCAUCAUUGGCCUUGAACGACUCCUGUUGCAGCGACCGGAUCGUGAGAGUCCUGCCUCCAAAGCGCCUGAGGAUCUACUUCAACUCUCAGGAAAAGAAAACCCUGCGUUCAGACCAGAGAUAACAGACUCAAGUGGUGUGAAUGGCACUACUUCUCUUGAAACAGUUAAAACAGAAUAUAUAACUAAAUUUUGAUUAAGAUGCACACCAAGAAGCAGGUUAGUAACAUCAAGGGAGCUGUGUACGGUUCUAUUCUAAGGGAUUAUGUUACUAUAUUAAAGCCACGGACAUGGGCGUACCGAAGAGGAGGAUGAGGCGAUCGCUCUCUCCUCCCUCUUGAGCUAAUAAAUUAUUCAAAAUAAACGUUCUUAACAAUAAAAAAAUUAACAAUAACCAAAUAAAAAUAAAUGUAACACUAUUUGUACGGUGAGCUUAUCAUGAACGUAUAGAAAAAUAUUUAUCUCAUAUUUGAACAAUUCCUCGGUAUCUACUCAUUGUGUCAUAGUAAGUGCUAUCUGUGUAGACGGUGGUAGUGCGAUAAUCCUGAACCUCCCCAACGAUCGACAUAGUGGAAGUGCCCAUUUUAUUUGUUAAGUAAUAGGAGUAUACCAUAAUCUACUAUUUAUUGUGUACGGACCCCCUAUUACCCCCCUGUUGAACUAGUAAAAUAAAGCUGUAAUGCA